GGUGAUGCUUGCAACUCUUGUUAUGACUGCAAGGUCCUGUUUCAAUCACUGGCGUCAGACGGACGCACGACACCAACUCAAACCUUUUCACCUUCGCCUCAUCAACGUAAAUAUUGAUUGAAAGGAGAGGGCAUUACCGAGCAACUUUCUGGGUGUUUUACUUUGAAAGAGCUUCACGGGAUUUUAAAGAAUAUCCUUCGUCGUGUCACUUUGAGGUUCCGACGGAUUUUUUUUUUUUCGCUUUUACUUACCGACACUUGGAGAUAUAACUUAUCCUCUAUUAUGUUAGAGUGGCUCGUCAAAUAGACCCGCCUCUGACCUUCACUACGCACAUUAUUGUUGCAUUUAGCGGAUAUAUAAGCCAUUUGCUUCACUUUAAGAGGCCCUUUCCAACUUUUUCCUUUUUCUUUGAAUGCGUUGCAAAUAUGAUGAUGUCACCGACGCCACUUUUUCCUGAAGUUAUGGCGGAGCACAACUUUUCUAACUUCUCUUGGUAAGCAUACACAGGCUACUGCCUCCUAGCAUUGCUACACUUUGAUUUGCGCUUUAUAUGCUAACCACAGCAGUCAAACAGAUAUCUCUUACGGCGCAUUACCGACACAUGCAGCGUUUUAAACGAGUUACAUUUGAAUGGGCUGUGAAUUUAGAGCUGUGCAGUGAAGUUAAACGAGAAAGCUAGUUCGCCUCUGAGGGCCUGCGGGUGAUUUUACCGCAAUAACUGGAUCUACGAGGCCCUUUAAAAACUCACGUAGCAACCAGUGGCUUCUUUUAGUUGUACAAAGUGUGCACGCAUUUAAGAAGUAGGUUGAAUUCACUCUGUUGGGUUUAAUUGGAGCUUUAUUGAAAGCCUGAAAAAGCAUUUGUGCCUCAACUCCUAAAUUAUGCUACCUUGCUGCUGCUUGACAUUGAUCUCAUUUAGAUUAAUGAGGAUUUCAGCCAAGUCAGAGAAAGUGGACGAAGCAUUUGCAGGUCUAAAGUCUGGCUUUUCUGGGCUCUCGUUCCCCUCUGUUGAUACCCUUUUGUGGAUGCAUCAUAGCACUUGUUUUGAACACAGUUUCUGCACCAUGGUGGAAGGGCUGGAUUCCCACAAACUUCUCAGUUCCUGCUUUUCUGUGUCACUGACAUACCCAGUUAUGAGUGCUGUGACUGACAGCUAACCACUAACUGCGGUAAAUCAUCUCUUCAGUGUUAACAGGACAUUGGAGGAGGCAUGCCAGAGAUAAUAAUGAGUUCAGCUGGGUGAAAGUAUACACUGAAAAGUAAAAAGAGUGGCUCUUGGUAGCAAAUACAAAAAGGUUUGAUAACAGCAUUGAUGGUUGAAAAUGUUUUAUCCUGAGACACAGAUGUUUAAUCGAGUUAUUCAGAGGUUGUUUCUACGAGGGCCCGAGCGAUUUAUCGGCGAGCCGAUUAAAUUGGACAAUUUUGGCCCCGUUUGAGGCUAAUCGGAAAUCGGCCAAAACUCGCCGAUUUUCGCCGAUAUUUUCAGAAAUAAAAUGCGAAGAAUUAGAUUCGGGUUCACUUCGAAAAUGUUCCGCCAUUUGAAAAGUUCCCCGACUCAUCCUGUAGAUGGCGCAGCGACCUCAUGACAGUCUUUACCCACUAACUUUUCGCUUUUCUGAAAACGCUUUUCUCAUCCGAGUUUGAUCAGUCAGUCUUCCUGUCGGCGUGAAGAGCAGUAGCCUACAGUAUAUCUACAAAAUAUAGUAUACUGUAGAUAUCUACAGUAUAUAUAUAUAUAUAUUUUUAUAACUUCAUAAGAAUUGUAAAAAAUCGGACGAUUAAUCCAUAAUCGGAAAAAUCCAUAUCGGUCAGGCCCUAGUUUCUACAUGUAUGUGAUCAGUCGCUGCUUGUUUCAAGAUGUUUAGUUUUAGUGAUCUGUCGCCUCUCUAUGCCGAAGACAGAACUCUGAAAGCUCACACUGUAAAUAACACAAGUGACCUUUGUGGUGGCCCGAGAUUCCCCUGGUCUUAGUAGAUUAGUUUGUCUACAUUGCUCCGCUGCUCCCUCUCAAAUUGAAAGAAGAUGACACAUUUCUCCGUCAAACAAGUCACAUGACUGUCUUAAAAAACCUUUUUUUUUUUAAUCAUAGUUCAUAGAUUGCUAAGAGUAUUGGAAUAAUAAAAGGUCAGCAUAUUUAGUUUGUCAUCACUUUUCCUGUCACACUGCUAAGAGGUUCCCACUGGCUGUUCCGACAUAACCUCAAAAUGGUCUUAAUCACCCCAGAGAGUUGGUUUCACUCUGUGAGAUUUUGUUUGGAGAUUACAUCAGCUAAGUCUAUGAUGCAUUCACUCAAAUCAGUGUUUGUUUUGCUUCUUUUAGUCCUUGUUGUCAAGACUUUGUUUUGAUUGACUUGGAUUAAGAUUUUUGAUCAUGACUCAAAGCUUAAACACAUGUACUCUCCAAAGGAUUGCUUGUUUGUUGGACACAGCCAAUACCCCUACGUAACAGAGAGAGAAUAUUAUGAUGAGUUGACAAAGAAGGCAGUAUUUGUGAAUUGGUUUGUGUAUUUGCUUGGCGCAGACUAUUGCGAGUACUUGGCUUAUCUAAUGGAGCACCUCCAGGGAGCGUGGAAGACCCUGAGCAACGGCUUCGGUAUGAAAGACUCUGCGUUUGAGGGCCCGUGCCUUUCCCCAACCAUGGUCCAGGGCUUUCCCUGCCAGCGUCGCGCUUCAGAUGACAGCAAGAUGCCAGACUCGAAGACUAGCAGCACUAUACGGGUCUACCUCCCGAACCAGCAGCGCACGGUGGUAAGUAUCUUUCUCCUGCAGUACUGGUCGCACUUACACUGUUCAUAGUUGUGGAUAGACCUGAAAUAUAAAGCUGCUGAUACUCCUACAGCAAGGCAAAGCAUUAAUAUAUAUUUCUCUCCCUUAGGUGAAUGUGCGACCAGGUAUGACUCUGUACAGCUGCCUGAUUAAAGCAUUAAAAGUGCGAGGUCUGCAGCCUCAGUGCUGUGCUGUCUUCAGGCUGCAUCCAGGACAAAGGAGGUGAGCUCAGGUCACUGUAGGAAUGAAACCUAAGACAGAAGAUCAGAGAGUGUGCAGACUGCCUCCUAAUUAUCUGUUUUCACUUCUUUUCCUCUCUGUCAUAUUCUUUAAUGAACAUUUUCCUCUUAAAUGUCCCAAACAGUAAAAAAUUCCGCAUGGAUUGGAACACUGACUCCACCUCGCUCAUUGGUGAAGAGCUGCUAGUGGAGGUUUUAGAUCACGUUCCCUUGACAACACAUAAUUUUGUGAGUACUUGAAGCCGUAUCUUAACAUCCUACCGCAAACCUUUUGGCAAUUUUUACUCUCAUAUAGAAACAAUUUUCUUCUGUCUUCUCAGGUCCGGAAAACAUACCUUAAACUAGCUUUCUGCGAUAUCUGCCAGAAGUUUCUUUUGAAUGGUUUCCGUUGCCAAACAUGCGGCUACAAGUUCCACGAGCAUUGUAGCACCAAAGUGCCCACUAUGUGUGUGGACUGGAGCAAUAUUCGGCAGCUUUUGUAAGCGUCUCAUACAGUUGUUUGUUAUCUAAAGAAGCACUCGAAACUUCCACACUCAAUGCGAGAGUUUCAAUCUUUGUCACUCCCUGUGUCAGGUUGUGUCCAACACCUGGUGAAAGCGCCCCGUCACUGCCCCCGCCGACAUCCAGGCGAAUGAGAGAAUCCCUAACACGGUUUCCAAGGUGAGCAGGCCACUCUUUCAUACUAAAUCAACGAUGAGCAGAUCUGUCUUGUGCGAGCUUAACAUUCAUGUAGGGCAGCAUUUCCAGGAUGUAAGGUGAGUUAUUGCAAAUUCAAGAGGAGGUAAAUGAAUGCCUUGAAGGACCCUGUAGAGUUUUCUCAUACAUCAUCAUAACAUUUGUUGUUAUUCUUAGUAUGGAUCCCCAGUCUUUAAUAAAUGUGUUGCAUUUUUUAAUAUGUUUUCCUGUGAUUUAUAAUAUAUGUCCCAAAGAUGAUGUGGAGAAAUGAGUGUAUACCCAAACAGGGUUUUUUCAACUUUGUGUUUCUUGUGACUCUGUUGCUUCAGGCACAACAGGGGGCACUUCUUUUUCAUUUCAGCCACAAUGUCCUCCAUGUUCUACUGCGGGCACAGUCGUAGUAAUACUCUGAUUUGUUGAGAACUUAAAUUAAAUCCCAUUUUUAAUGACGUCCUCAGCUUUAAUGGGGGCUUACAAGUCCAAGUGUUGAUGUAAUGAGAGGCGUGAAAAGAGCCUGUUGUUUCAGGGGCACUUAAAAUGGUUAAAUAUCACUUAUAGCUGCCAAAUUAGCACCGGCCAAGCAUUAAGUUGUUCCAUGCGGAGCGAUCUCAAACGCUCUUUUGAAACACAGUUUUGUUUAGCCAGAAGAGGAAUUGUUCUCGAGGACUGCGCUCCAUUGGCGUAAGUGUGAACGAACACAAUCUCUGUUUAUAUACGUCACUCAGCUGGAGUUUCACUGUCCCUGUUUUAACCAGCAGAUACGUAACAGGAGCUAUAUCAUGAUCUUUACUGCAGUUAGACGCAGAAUUUAUAUGAUUCAUGUCAAUUUUUUGCUCACUGAAAGUCACAUUAAAGGUUGUCCACAUGAAUAUUAACUCAGAAAUACCAGUGUAGUGUUUUUGUGGUUGUCUGUGUUUGUUUCUAACACAAAACAUGCUUCACGCUCAGUCUGCAUGAGCUGUUAGCAGUUUGUUGAUGCAACAACAACAACACCGUGCAGUUCUCAGGGGAGGAAAGUGCGAGAAAUAACACCAAAAACUACAACCAGCCAGCACAACCACACCACACCCAUCAGUCUCAUUUAAGAGAAGUCAGAGCAGGGAACCCGGCGUUUGCUUCCCUUUCGGCUGUCAUGCUGUCAAGCUGUUCUGUUUUUAAUAUCUAGUCCUUCUGCACCUUCACAGCUCUGCCCACCGCUACUCCACUCCUCAUGCCUUCAACUACACCACGCCCUACCCACCCACAGGCGGCGGUCUCUCCCAGAGGCAGCGCUCCACCUCCACGCCCAACGUCCACAUGGUUAGCACCACCCUGCCUGUAGACAGCAGCAUGAUCGAGGUAACUACACACCAUGUGGGCCCCCUUGGGUAUACUCCUGUAGGUUCCAGCUACUCCUAAAAUAUCCCCUCACUGACAGUGAUCUAGCCCUCCUACGUACCUCUUAGGCAUUUCAACCAUCUUCAUCUUGCUUUUUUUUCUGCCUCUUAUCUCCAUGUGUGAAGUAAUCUACCUGGGCAGGGUUGAGCCUGUUUGGUGUAAUUCCCCUGAUGGCAUCUUAUUUUAGCACGUAUAAAAUGUGCAACUUGACUUCCCUCUGUUCAGUUCGAGUUUCUGCUUUUUCACUGCCAGUGCUCUUGCGUAAUCGGCUCACUGGUUUUGCAUGCUCUUUUGUAGCACUUUUUUUUUCCUGUUCUCUGUCCAGGUACAAACCUUGGCAUCACUUGUUUUCUGUUCCUUCCUCACUUCUCUUACUGUGUCCUUUUCCCCCUCCUCUGUUCCUCACUGGCCUGUUGUAAUGUCGGGGGGAGUAGCUAGACUGCCUCAAUACCUUCCCCAGCUCGUGGUGUCAUAGAUUCUGGCUGAAGAGGAAAGUAGGUAUUGUGCACUUCCCCCAGUCUUUUGUUGAGGCCUCACCUGAGAGUCCAGAAAAGGUUAGACGGCAGUGUAUCUGUGUGCUGCAUGCAUUGCAAACAGGUUAUCUGCAUUCACAUCUUCGCAUUUGAGUCAAACCAUAAGUGACAGCGCAGCAUGUGGUUUACUGUUUCAGCACGGUGACAGAGCUCUGUUUCUGUUUUUUUCUGUCUCUUUAGGAUGCAAUGCGUGAUCAUGACUCGGGUAAGUGCUCACUCUGUUUCGUGUUGGCACAUAGUUGUGUAUUUUUGUGCUUUUUCAUGGGCACUUACCUCACAAAUCUCCCUCUUUGACUAUGAAGACAUCACUGUAGUCAGAGUCGACCUUCCUUUGUGAAUUGUCUCUAAAUUUCCCGUCACAGUUGGCGAGUUUGGAUUCAACUCUUAGAUUGCUUUAUCCAUAUUCAUUCAGUCAGUUAUAGAUAUUAUAGCUUUUAUUGGGAGUUACGAAUAAAAGAGGGUUAAGAGUAAAGGGGUCAUCUUUUAAUUUUUCUUUUUGAAUCUCUAAAGCCGGAAGUUCCCCAAACCAGAGCCCCACUGGCUGGUCCCAGUCCCAUUCGAAAGCCCCUGCACCUGCCCAGCGAGAGAGGGCCACAUCCUUCAACACUCAGGAGAAAAAUAAAAUUGUAAGAUUCGAACAACAUUUUCUCUCUUUUGCUGCAUGAUGCGCUCAGAUCUCGUAUGACUUGUCAUUCAUGAGUUGCACUUUUUUGCUGUCUGUUCAUCCAGAGGCCUCGGGACAAGAGGGACUCCAGCUACUACUGGGAGAUCGAGGCCAGCGAGGUGUAUCUGCACUCCCGCAUCGGUUCAGGCUCCUUUGGAACUGUGUACAAAGGGAAAUGGCAUGGUAGGAAUGUGUCUCUGAGCGGGCAGGGCACUUUCACUUACAUUCAUGUUCCAGUCACCUGACAUGCAUAAUGGUGAGAAAAUUACCUGCACGCAUGUAGUAUUGCAGAGUUUUUUUUCUCUUCCAGGUGAUGUAGCGGUGAAGAUUUUAAAGGUCACCGACCCCACACCAGAGCAGCUACAGGCAUUCAGGAAUGAGGUGGCAGUCCUGAGGUAAGAGACGGUGCAGUUACAGUGGGUUUUUUCAGCUGACAGCUGGUGUUUUCACGUGUUUCGAGUGUUGCAAAAUACCGCAUUGUUGGUGAAUCAUCUUCAUUGCAAAUUAUUAUCUUAUCUGCGUUUGGUAAUUUCCUCUUCCUCCCGCCUCUGGUCACAGGAAAACACGACACGUCAACAUCCUGUUGUUCAUGGGCUACAUGACAAAAGACAACCUGGCUAUAGUGACCCAGUGGUGUGAGGGCAGCAGCCUCUACAAACACAUCCAUGUCCUCGAGACGAACUUCAAGAUCAUCCAGCUCAUUGACAUCGCCAGGCAGACCGCUCAGGGCAUGGAGUAAGUUCGGAGGACUAGAGCUCAGUGCUGAGAAACCACAUUUGAAAGAUCAGGAGUCAUCUCAUUUCUCUUCUCACUUUUUCAGCUAUCUGCACGCAAAGAACAUCAUCCAUCGUGACAUGAAGUCCAACAGUAUCCUUUUUAUAAUCGUGGUUUCGCCGUCAACUCUUCAUGGAAGGUGGUCUGUAACUGUCCUCUCAUCGCAGGUUUGUUUUUUCCUCUUUGUUUGACACCUUGACAGCACCUCAGACAUCUUCUUGCAUGAAGGGCUAACAGUGAAAAUCGGGGACUUUGGUCUCGCUACGGUGAAGGCCAGAUGGAGCGGCUCUCAUCAGGUGGAGCAGCCAUCUGGAUCCAUUCUCUGGAUGGUCAGUGUCGCGCGUCUUAUUACUCUAAAGCAAUAAAGAAUGUAAACAAAGCACACGCUUAAUCUCACCGCUCUUAUGUGUCCUCAGGCUCCUGAGGUUAUCCGGAUGCAGGAUAACAAUCCCUACAGCUUCCAGUCCGAUGUCUAUUCCUAUGGAAUUGUUCUUUUUGAGCUCUUGACGGGAGAGCUCCCAUACUCCCACACAGCGAACAGAGAUCAGGUAAUGUCUCAUUGUUCACUCAUGCUUCACUGUAUGUUAGGUGCAGACUGUGCAUCAAAGCAAAACUGAGAAGAUUCUUUCCUGCCUUUACAUAAAUCGAGCCGAGCAUAACAUUCGGACAUCUAGUCCUUGUUUAGUGUCACCAUGCAGGACCCUGACCAGUGGAAAGACACUGAGGUUGCUGUCUUAAGAGGGUUGUGGGCCUGGCCUUAGGCCCAGCAUGGGACAGAAGCGGGCACCCUGGAGCCGCUAUCCUAAAUUUAGACCCCGUAACACAACUCCAUCGUGUAUGAGAAAAGGGGUGCAUGAGUACGCAUAAAAGCGUGUCUGUGGUUUUUCAUCCUCUCACAGGCUUCAAACCUGGUCUCGAUCGUGCCUGGCUGCCUGUUUAGUGCAUGCAUUCUGAUUUGGAUGGAGCUGCUGUACGGCUUGUCCCCUUAAGUGUUAUCCACUAUUGUUCCCAGACUGUUCCUGAUACUAUAGAGUGACUUUGUACUCAGCUGACCCGACAGCACAUAGAGUACUCCUGUCAUCAUUUCUCUCUCAUACCGUCACAGUCGUCCCGGUGUUUCAGACCUGUGUCACCUUCAACUCACUUGCCACUUUUGAUUCUUCAGACGUGAUCAAUCUGAGACUGACUCGCUUAGUUCUGCUUCAUCCUUGCAGAUUAUCUUCAUGGUGGGAAGAGGCUAUCUGUCACCGGACCUCAGUAAGCUCUACAAGAACUGCCCCAAAGCCAUGAAAAGGUUGGUGGCCGACUGCAUCAAGAAGUCGAAGGAUGAGAGGCCACUUUUCCCGCAGGUGAACCUAAACUCCUGAUAAUCAACAUCUCGAAGUUUAGCGCGGAGUUUUCUCGAGCUAAUCCUUCUUUCUCUCGUUUUCAUUCUUAGAUCUUGUCCUCCAUCGAACUCCUCCAGCAUGCCCUCCCUAAGAUAAACCGCAGUGCCUCAGAACCGUCCCUGCACAGAGCCUCGCACACUGAGGAUAUCAAUGCCUGCACUCUGACCUCCACUAGACUGCCUGUUUUCUAGAAACUCAGACAGUACUGCCCCCCACCUUUCCCUGAAAUACUCAAAAACGCUUGAAUUCUCCACCUACAGAUGCCAAUAUAGACCUAAAAUGUACAUGCAAUCAUACAUAAACCCAUGCUAAUCAAUGAAAUAUGGAAGGGCGUGAGCGAUGACGGAUCGCUUCGGGCUGCACUUAUCGAGAAUUUUGCUGAGGCUCCACAGCGCCGAUGCAUUAAGUAAUGUAAGAUGCAUUUGGUUUUGUAAAUACAUGCACGCACACCUACCUAAGAUGACAAUAAGUGGACACUGAAGGAAGCUCUUGACUCUAGUUCUGCGAUGUGAAGCACAUCCUUCUAUGUGGCCGUCCUGGUUUCUGAUGAAGAGGACCUUUGAAGCUUAAACGCCUUAAGAGGAAACAAAGCCCGGACUUCGAUCCUGCACAAUUCAUCUCCUCUUCUCGUCACAAACAAAGCCGUUGGAUGUAGUCCAUUUAGUUGCACAGUAGUAGUUUAUUUUUGCAUUGUCUUAAAUGAUAAUGGAGUAGAUAUGGGAAAUUAUUGUCUUUUUUUUUUUUUUUUUUUUUUUUGUUAUUGUUGACUUCUUUUUAUCGUCUUUCUUCUUUGGGUCAUUCUGAAGGAUUUAAAGCCUGUCAGACACCGAGCACGAGUGCUGAUGGAAAAACUCAAUUUGCACAUUUUAGCAAAAGCGUUGUUCCAACAGUUUCUCGCUGAGUAAACCGCUCUGUAGAUCGCCACACAUUCUUAUCUGUCCUCACUUUGGGGAGGUUACCAGGAGCUGGACAUUUGACAGUUGUCUUAAAUAUUUAAAAUGAUUUGGAAACUAAUUUGUAUUUGUUUAUCAUGUCUCUUUCAGGAGGUUAAACGUUUUAUUGUGAACUUGGUGAGAGAGUUGUCUAUUCAAUAUUUUAAUAAAAUUAAGUUAAAUUUCUUUGCCAAAGAAA